CAUAUUUUCCAUUACUAUAGCAAAAGGAAAAUUCCUAGAAAGGUGAAGUUGUGUAGAAGUCAAGCAUUCACCCAUUCUUUAGAUUUCUUAGUUCUUUCUUGUUCUUCUCUCUCUGCAUUUUUUAAAUCCUUUUCCUGCUCUUCAUUUGUUAUUCAAUCCAUUGAUCAAUCUUGGGUUUCUCCUCAUUCUUCAAUCUAUUGGUUUUUCUUGUUCUUCUAUCUCUUUGUUUUUUUGAAUCCUUUUUCCAGCUCUUCGUUUGUUGUUCAAUCCAUUGAUCAAUCUUACUCUUCAUUUGUGAUUCAAUCCAUUUAUCAAUCUUGGGUUACUCCUCAUUCAGCAACCUAUUGGUUUUUUUUUUUUUUUUUUGCUUAUCAACUUUCUUUGGAAUGGCUCCUGCAAGAAGUCAAGAAUCUUCAUCUGCAUCAUUUCGAUGGACUUACCAUGUGUUCUUGAGCUUUAGAGGCGGAGACACCCGCAAGAAUAUCACUGAUCACCUCUACACAGCUCUGAUUCAAGCGGGGAUUCGCACCUUCAGGGACGAUGAUGAAAUUGAGAGAGGGGAAAAUAUUGAGAAAGAAAUCAUGAAAGCAAUACGAGAAUCAAGAAUGUCUGUAAUUGUUCUUUCAAAGGACUAUGCCUCUUCAAGAUGGUGCCUUGAUGAACUCGUGAUGAUCAUGGAACGUAGGAGAACUGUUGGGCAUAUUGUGCUGCCACUUUUCUAUGAUGUGAAUCCAGCCCAAGUGGGGGAACAGACUGGGAGCUAUGGUGAAGCAUUUGCUAGACAUGAAAUGGACUUCAAGGAACAGAUGGACUUGGUGGAAGGAUGGAGAAAAGCUCUUAGAGAAGCUGCAGACAUGGGAGGAAUGAUCUUAGAAAACAAGUACCAGUCACAGUUUAUUCAAAAUGUUGUUAAAGAGGUUGGAAAUAAGCUGCACCGCAUAGUACUGAAUGUUGCUCCCUAUUUAGUUGGUAUAGAUUCUCGUAUAGCUGCUAUUAACUUGUGGUUACAAGAUGGCUCAAAUGAUAUUGGCAUAGCAACAAUCUAUGGAGUUGGGGGAAUUGGCAAGACAACUAUUGCAAAGAUUGUUUACAACCAGAACUUUGACAACUUUGAUGGUGCAAGCUUUCUUGCAAAUGUGAGAGAAACUUCUGAACAAUCCAAUGGUUUGGUUCGCUUGCAAAGGCAAAUUCUUUCAGAUCUCCUAAAGGGAAAAACAAACAAAAUUUACAAUGCAGAUGAAGGGAUUAUUAAGAUAAAAGAUGCUAUAUGUCGCAGACGAGUUCUUCUUGUUCUUGAUGAUCUGGAUCAACUGGACCAAUUCAAUGCAAUAAUUGGAAUGCGAGAAUGGUUUUUCCCUGGAAGUAAAAUUAUUAUAACAACUAGACAUGAGCGUCUUCUAAGGGCUCAUGAACUUAGUAAGAUGUUUAGAGUUAAUGAAUUGGAUGAUACUGAAUCACUUGAGCUUUUCAGUCGGCACGCAUUUGGGCAAGAUUAUCCCAUUGAAGAUUUCAAGGAGCAAUCCAAAAGAGCAGUGAGUCUUUGUAGUGGUCUUCCAUUGGCUCUUCAAGUUUUGGGUUCCUCUUUCUCAGGCAAAAGCACAGAUGUAUGGGAAAGUGCAUUGCAAAAGUUGGAAGCAAUUCCUGACAGUAAAAUUCAAAAGAUUCUUAGAGUAAGCUAUGAUUCUCUGCAAGAUGAUCAUGAUAAAAAUUUAUUCCUCGACAUAGCUUGUUUCUUCAUUGGAUUGAACAAAGAUUAUGUAGCUAGCAUAUUAGAUGGCUGUAAAUUCUAUACUGUAGUUGGAAUUAACAAUCUCAUUGGUAGGUGUCUUGUAACAAUUAAUGAAGGAAACAAGCUGAUGAUGCAUCAAUUAGUUAGAGACAUGGGGAGAGAAAUUGUUCGUCAAGAAUCACCUGAGGAACCAGGGAAGCGUAGUAGACUUUGGCAUCACAAAGAUGCAUUCAAUGUAUUAAGAGAAAAUACGGGUACGGAAACAGUCAAGGGCCUCAUACUAAAUCUACAGAUGUUAAAGGGAGACAAUACUGGUAAAAUAUAUGCAAAACAACGGCAUUAUGAAGAUUCUGUUGAUGAACCAGUCCCUCCUAACCUAGGAAAUUAUUCAAAAAGACAUCACCUUGGUUUCUUCUCCAGGCAACAUGUGAGCAGUGGUUUAGCAAAUUCAUUUUAUGAAGCAAGACUGAAAACAAAAGCAUUUGCAAACAUGGACAGACUGAAGUUGCUCCAGCUCAAUUAUGUUAAACUCAGUGGAGAUUAUGGAGACUUUCCUAAAGGUUUAGUAUGGUUAUUUUGGCGUGGAUUUCCUUUAAAAUAUAUACCAAAAAAUUUUCACCUGGAGAAUCUUGCUGUUCUUGAUAUGCGCAACAGCAGCCUAAUAAAUGUUUGGAAAGGAACAAGGUUCCUUGUUACCUUGAAAAUCCUCAACUUCAGUCAUUCCCAUGGCCUUGUUAGAACCCCCAACUUCAUGGGACUUCCUUCUCUUGAGAGAUUAAAGCUCAAAGAUUGCAUAAACUUGAUUGAGCUUGAUGAAUCCAUUGGCAACCUUCAAAGACUUGUUUUACUGGACUUAAGGGACUGCAAAAAUUUGAAGACACUUCCUGCAGAAAUUGGCUCAUUGGAAUCUCUUGAAAAACUUAAUUUGUGUGGCUGCUCAAAACUUGAUCAGCUGCCUGAGGAGAUGAGGAAAAUGCAAUCAUUGAAGGUUCUUUAUGCAGAUGGCACUGCUUUAAAUCAAUUACAAGCUGUGAACGUGCCGUGGUAUUCAACAUUUUGGUCCUGGUUGCUACCAAGAAAAUGUCCACAAUCAAUGAGUUUCUCAUUGGCUUUUUUACCAUGCUAUUUAAUAAACUUAAGUCUAGCAAACUGCGAUCUAUCAGAUGCUGCUAUUCCAAAUGAUCUAAGCUCUCUUUGCUCCUUGGAAAAUUUAGAUCUUAAAGGAAAUCCAAUCCACAGUAUUCCAGAAAGCAUCAAAAGCCUCACCACACUCCAGUCCCUUUGCUUAGAUGAGUGCACAAGGCUCCAAUCUCUUCCGGAGCUUCCAGAAAGUUUGGAGGAAUUAAAUGCUGAGGGCUGUACGUCAUUGGAAAGAAUUACAAAUUUGCCAAAUUUGCUGAUAACUUUGCAGGUGCAACUGUUUGGCUGUGACCAACUUGUUGAAGUACAAGGCUUGUUCAAGCUAGAACCACUCAUAAAUAUGGAUACAGAAAUGAUGAAUGAUUUGGACUUGUUUGACUUGGCAUCCUUGGGGAGUACUGAAGUGACAAUGUUUAAUGCUAUGGCAAACAGAGAAAGGAGGACUCUUCCCCAGGUAUUGCAAGAAUGUGGCAUAUUCAGCUUCUUCCUUGCUGGGAGUAAGGUUCCAUUCUGGUUCACCCAUAAAAGCAUGGGCUCCUCGAUAUCUUUUACAGUAACUCCACUUCCUGGUCAAAAUAUCUGCGGCUUAAACUUAUGCACGUUAUACUCACGCGGUGAUCAGGUAUCUUUUUUUCAUGGCGCUGGUUAUUAUGCCAAAAUCAAUAAUGAAACCAAGGGUAUAAACUGGACUUAUAGUCCAACCUUCUACGGAAUCCCAGAAGAUGAUGAGGAUAUGCUAUGGUUAAGCUGCUGGAAGUUUGGAGAUGAGUUGGAAGUAGGGGAUGAAGUGAAUGUUUCAGUGCAUAUGCCAUCUGGGUUUUAUGUAAAGGAGUGUGGCAUUUACGUAGUGUGCAAGGAAGAUGUGAAGGAUGCCCACUCAAACAGUAAGGAAAUAGCAGAAAGUAGCUCCUUUCGGCAUCAGAAUAUCACUGACAGAGACUUGUGGCCGUACCAGGUGGGAGAGACAGUUUAUUUUCUGCAUCAUCAUCCAUAUACAACUCCUGAUGAAAUACUGAAAUUAGCUUCUUUACAUCUCUGAACUUGAACAGAGCACACAUUCAUCUGUUGCUCAUGUUUUACGUGCAUGUGAUGGGUAUAAGGAAGACAUAAUAUUACUCUAGUGUAUGUAGUCAUGCCCACAACCUUACUUAAACUCAUGGCAGGUGCAAGAUUAACAAGAGUAAUUAUUAUUCUUGUAACGUUUAAUUCUUUAUUACUCUUAUUUGGAUGCUAACAAGAUAUUAAGUUAAUUUUUAGCUUAGUUAAUUUUUUAGUUAAUUUUUAGAGGUUAAAUGUAACAAGACUUAACAAAUGCCAAUAAGAUAUUAUCUCUGUCCAUUUAUCCAAAA